AUGGUCAAAAUAAAUUCCAGCUUUGAUGAUGAAUGUGACGAUAUUUCGCGUGAGUUUUCCGGUUCUUCAGAAUGUAAAUCUGAAACUCACAAAAAAAAAAUUUAUUUGCAGAUUUGGAAAUGUGUUUCAUUCGAUUCAUGUCCACAAUUUUCUUCUAUACUCUUGCCAUCGGAUUGUAUUUAUUUUUACCUGCAUUUUUGAAAGAAGAAUGGAUUUUUAUCAAAUAUCUAUUUGGAAUUCGCCUUCAUUUUUACUAUGAUCAAAAUUGUAUGGAACUAUAUUUCCAAUAUCUGAAGGUGUAUAAGCAUAGGUGCAUAAUAUAUUUUUAUGUGAUUUUUGAAAUUUCAAAUUUUAUUUCAUGAUAUUUUCUACACUUACAAAAUCAACCCUUUAUGUAAAAUGUUUCGCCAAAAUCAAUCAAUAAAUCUUUUUUUUCUUCAUCGUGAACUUUUGAAGCGUGAACCUUUAAAGAAAAUUGAGUUUCGAAAUGAUUUUCUCCAAAAUCCAGACCAUUUUGAGCUACAGUAGUCUUGAAAACUUGCCGAUUUUUGGCUUUUAAUUAUUCAAGCUAUCAAAAUGUCUAGAACUCUAAAAAAACUACAGUUACUUUGAAAAGCUAGAACACUUCAAUCUUGAAAUAUUACUACGAAAAUUUGAUAAAUUUUGAUCUACAGUUGCCUCGGAAAUGGCGGGAAAGAAAGGCGUUCAAUUUUGAGCUACAGUGAAAAAACUUUUUUCUUAUUUUCUUAUUUUUGGCUAUAAAAUAUGUCUUCAAGCUUCUGUAAUGUCUAAAACUCUGAAAAUUUUACAGUGAGCCCACAACAAUCUGAAAAACUACUGUGUAAAUUUUCAGAAUAUUUGAAAAUCUGAUCCCUCAUCUCUGCGUCUCCUCUCUCUCCUCGCAACUUUCUACCCACGCCAAUUUCAUACUGUAUGUAUUCAAAAAUGGGCGGAGCUUUUUCGGAGGUUGGAGACAAAAAUUUAAUUCAGUCAGUCAUUUUGUUUUCUUCGCUCCCCAAAAAAGUAAAAAUAAAAUUAUUUUUUCCAGCGAAAAAAAAACAUGUUGUACUUUGCCAUUAUCAAACUUCUCAUCGCUUCGUGGCUACUGAGUCCAGGAAUUGUAGUUGUUUUGGAAAAUAUGAAUCAAGGUCCUGAUGUUGAUGUUUGUGUUCCAAUGAUGAAAUCGAUGUGUAUUCAAAUGGAGCGUGAGUUAAAGUUAAAGCAAAAACAUUGCUCAUAUUACCCCAAAACCCUUGCUCAUAUUAUACUUCCAGCUAUAUUCUACAAAACAUCAAUGUACUGUCUCCUGAUCUCCUUGCUCAGCGUGAUCUUCAGUGUUUUGUACUCGUGUUUUUCUGAUCUCAUAAAUCAACUCAGAAAUCAACAACAUCUCGAUUGA